AUGACUCUGCAACAGCAACCGCCGUUUCUCUGGCCAAUGGUCCCGUAUAAAAGCAUCAUCCGCGGCGGACUUCAACCUGGCAAAGUCAUCACCGUCCAAGGAAUCAUCAAAUCCCAAGCGGAGAGCUUUGAGCUUAAUCUGCAUCACAAAUUUGGAAUUGCAUUUCACUUCAAUCCUCGUUUUGAUCAGAAUGUGGUUGUCCGCAACACUUUUGAGAAUGGGAAAUGGGGCGAUGUGGAGGAACGAUCUGGAUCCAUGCCGUUUAAAAGAGGGGAACAGAUUCUGGUGACCAUUUUCUGCAGUCGUGAUCAUUACAAGGUGUUUGUCAAUGGUGAAGAAACUCACACUUACAAACAUCGCUUCACUAAACUGGAGGAGAUCGAUGUUUUGGAAGUUGGCGGAGACAUACAGCUGGCCUUUGUGCAGCCCUAA